AUGACUGAUAUAGAAGUUGGGAUGAUGUUUGAGCACGUGAAGAAGUUGCUUCCCUCAUUUCACACGGAUACCUUCAUAACGGACGAUACCAACACAUUUUGGAACGGUUUCAGCAAAGUGUUUCCAUCGUCAAAGACUAAACGGUUAUGCUUAUGGCACGUACAGCAAGCCAUGAAGAAGAAUGCUAAUGCGAAACUCGUCAACGUAAGUAGCCUUCGUCUGACUCCAAUUGCUUGUAGCUGGAAUGGACAGGAAGUAGCUGGAAAAGCUGGAAUACUACUCAAUCAGCGUGACCUCUGCGAGCCGUUCCUCAGGAAAGUACGAUACAUCUGUCUUGUUCGCGAAGGAAAUGUCGUCGUAACACAAGACACAUGA